AAAAUAAUUUCAAAAAUAGCCUAGAUAUUCUAUACUAGACCAAUUAUGAUCUAAAGCCAUAUGAUUAAGUUUAUAUUUGGGAGAUUUCUGCCUAUUGUUUAUGAUAUUAUAAGGAAUUAUACUCCCAUAAUUAGGUGGUUUCUUAAAACGAACUUGUUAUAAAAUUUAUUAUAGAAACAUGUUUUUGUCUCUAAAAGAAAAGGCAACAAUAAAAUUUUACAUUUUUUGAACCUUCCUUACAUAAUACCAAUCAAAAGAGAAGUACAAUAUAAUAUGAUGAAUUUAGGGAAACUUACUAAGUAGCACUUAAUUUGGCAACUUCAAAAAGGAGUCAACAAAGAAGUUUAACUCUCAAAAUCCCUUUGAAAAAAAACAUCUUGAAAUUGGCGCAAUUAUGAUAAUUGCAAAAAUAUAUCACUUCAAGUUGUGAUUGAACUGUGUACACUAUUAUUCAUUCAAUAAGCUA